AUGAGGUGCAGCGUCUCCAUUUUUAUUGCUAUUUUGGCAACUGUUUCUGCUUUAGGUGUUCAUGAACAAUGGACACAUUUCAAAAACAAUCAUGGAAAAUUAUAUAGAAACUCAGUUGAAGAAACCUACCGAUUUUCGGUAUUUCAAGCUAAUUUACGCGAAAUCGAAGAACAUAAUGUAAAAUUCGAACAAGGCCUAUCUACUUUCCGAAUGGGAAUGAAUCAAUUUGGAGAUUUAACCACCGAAGAAUUUCUUGAGAGACAGAAGCGUUCAAAAAUGAAUAAACCACCGACUUAUGGAACAUUUGAAAAUUUUGAAGUUGAAUUCGAUGGUGAUGUUCCAGCUAAAUUUGACUGGAGAGAAAAGGGAGCAGUAACUGAAGUUAAAGAUCAAGGACAAUGUGGUUCCUGUUGGGCAUUCAGUACCACUGGCGCAUAUGAAGGAGCAUAUUUUAUUAAAACAGGAAAACUUAUUUCCCUGAGUGAACAAAACCUCGUUGAUUGUGCUACGGAGUGUGGUGGUUGUGAUGGAUGUUGGAUGGAUGAUGCUAUGAUAUACGUUGAGGAACAUGGAAUAAUGAGAGAAGGGGCAUAUCCCUAUAAGGAAAUACAAUCUCCAGCUUGCUCAUUCAAUGAAUCGGAAUCUGUAUUUAAACCUAAGGAACAUAUUUUUAUAAAUGAAGGCGAUGAAAAUAAUUUACAGAGGGCUGUUCUUAGACAACCAAUAUCUGUAGCUAUAAACACAAGAGAAAUUUUUCGCUUUUACGAAUCAGGAGUUUUGGAUGAUGCAGAUUGUCAAACAGAAGCAGAUUUCUUAGACCAUGCUGUAUUGGUUGUUGGAUAUGGUACUCAAGAUGGUCUUGACUACUGGCUCGUGAAAAAUUCUUGGGGUAAAUCAUGGGGUAUGGACGGUUACGUGAUGAUGUCAAGAAAUAAGAAUAAUCAAUGUGGAAUUGCUUCUUUUGCACUAUAUCCAGUGUUCUAA